CUCCGACUUGAAAAACCAACAGCUACCUCGAAGUCAUUCACUACCCCUCUAUACCGCAGCCUUAAGGUCUGCGAACGUACCUACCGUUCCUGGACAUACCGGGGCGUUCAUCAUCGUUUCCUCACGCUCAACACGCUGGGGCGUGCCCGUUUGCUGCAGUGCAAGGGACGUGCAGAAGCUACUCGCGAUCGUGUGGGUGUGUGUGUGUCUGUAUAUGCGUGUGUGAGGGAGAGGGAGAGGUUUAGCUAUGGCGGUGGCUAUGACGAUGGAGACCGUCCAGGUAGCUAGGGCGACUAAAGACAUGGAUGAUAUGAUGAUAGGCGCCUCGCAGCAUCAGCAUCAGCAGCAGCAACAAGAAGACGAGGACCUCUAUCAGCGUUUGAAGACUCUGCAACGACAGCUUGAGUUUGUAGAUAUACAAGAGGAAUACAUCAAAGAUGAGCAAAAGAACCUGAAGCGGGAGUUGAUGCGCGCGCAGGAAGAGGUUAAGCGGAUACAGUCGGUCCCGCUUGUGAUUGGCCAGUUUCUGGAGAUGGUGGAUCCGAACAACGGCAUCGUUGGGUCAACCACCGGUUCGAACUACUAUGUCAGGAUCUUGUCGACGAUCAAUCGCGAGUUGCUGAAGCCCUCAGCGUCCGUCGCUCUUCACAGACACUCCAAUGCAUUGGUUGACGUUCUCCCGCCAGAGGCAGACUCCAGCAUAUCCCUGCUCAGCGAUUCCGAGAAACCGGACGUCUCUUAUCAGGAUAUUGGAGGCUUAGACAUCCAGAAGCAGGAGAUUCGAGAGGCUGUGGAGCUGCCAUUGACUCACCACGAGCUGUAUCGCCAAAUUGGAAUUGACCCCCCGAGGGGGGUGCUGCUUUAUGGCCCCCCUGGAACAGGAAAAACCAUGCUUGCAAAGGCUGUGGCGCAUCACACUACUGCUGCUUUCAUCCGUGUUGUGGGCUCUGAGUUUGUGCAGAAGUAUUUGGGAGAGGGUCCCAGGAUGGUUCGAGAUGUGUUCAGACUGGCCAAGGAAAAUGCGCCAGCUAUCAUCUUCAUUGAUGAGAUUGAUGCUAUUGCUACGGCUCGAUUUGAUGCCCAGACUGGUGCCGAUCGCGAGGUCCAGCGCAUUCUGAUGGAACUUCUGAAUCAGAUGGAUGGGUUCGACCAGACGGUGAAUGUGAAGGUUAUCAUGGCCACCAAUCGUGCGGAUACAUUAGAUCCUGCCCUCCUGCGUCCUGGCAGGCUCGAUCGAAAAAUAGAGUUCCCACUGCCUGACAGAAGACAAAAGCGGUUGAUAUUCCAGGUGUGCACAUCUAAGAUGAAUUUGAGUGACGAGGUGGACUUGGAAGAUUACGUAUCACGGCCAGACAAGAUCAGUGCUGCAGAGAUUCAUGCCAUUUGCCAGGAGGCAGGGAUGCAUGCUGUGAGGAAGAACCGCUAUGUCAUUCUCCCGAAAGACUUUGACAAGGGCUACAAGGCCAAUGUGAAGAAGUCUGACACUGACUUCGAGUUUUAUAAGUGAAAAAAAAAGAGGAGCUUGAUCUUAGGGAAUUCUGCAACUUUUUUGCUUGUUUUAUAGAAUGUUGGUUUGGUUGUUCUGGUUGUAUUUGGUGGAGAUUCUUUCCAAGGUUCCCUUCAGUUUUGCUUCCCUCUCUCCCUUAAUCUCAACCACGUAGACUCAUGGCUGAUGAAGUUAAGCUCAUGGAUGGGACUCCAGCCCUGACCAACAGUCUGCGAUGGGUGGGUGGUUGGAGCAGCGUGACCGUGAGGUGUCGUCUGUGGUGGGAACCACAUUGUCCUUUCGCCCAAUGGAAUGGAGCAAUUACCUGUGGGAUGUUUUCCUUUCUGCGUUUCUUUUCAUGGAAAAUGGAUGGGUAAUAGUUGAGAGCUUCAUGGUAUUCCACUGGUUUCUGUGGAAGCUGACACAAUCUGGUGACAGAGAAGCCAGCGUAUCCCAAUGGAUAUGAGCGCGGAAGGAAAGAAGGAAGUGGCUCCCUUAACCGUAUGAAGCAAUAGCAGCCAGCCAUUGGAUGUGUGUAUGCUUCAGGCUGUUAAGCUUACAGGUUCUCAAUGAUCCACUACCAUCUUCACGUGAAUAGAACGCCCGCUGCAUCUGGACAAGAAAUUGUCCCAAGUACGAAGCGUUGUAUUCGUGUGAAGACAGUAGCUUCUGCUUUGGUCAAGGGAGGAGGGUAAGUCCAGGUUGACUGUAUUAGAUCUUGUGUUCAUUUGCCUUUUUUUUGUAUGGUCAGUUGCAACCUGACGUUGCUCUGAAGCUCUGUGGAUUUCUCUCCUGUGUUCCAGUGAAAUAGUGUCAGAUGUACGAACAUUGGUUGUAGCUUUUAAACCACCACUUCCCUCCCUGGGCAAAGAAAGUCGGGGAGAAUGUAUCUACUACAAACUACUAAUUCUUUUCAUCUGCGGGGCCUCACCCUGGACAUUGUGGCCGGCUUUCCAUCACUCGAUCGUUCACUGGCGGCUGAGAUUUGCUCUCAUACGCUAUCUUUGGUCGACAUGCGGUGCUGUGAAUGGUGGAUGGCUGGAUUGUUGGAAGCCGUAGAUGAAAAAAAGUGUGCAGAAGGAUUGUGAGCGGUGCGAUAACGUGUGUCAGGGAGUGUCAGGCUGUCAGACAGCUGAAAAGGGAACGGGCGAAAUUUCCCGAAGGGGAAAGCUUUGCUUUCUUUUGUUUUCCCGCCCAAUCUUUCUGUCGUUUCGGUUUCGUAAUAGUUUGUUUUGUUUUCGUAAUAGUUUCUAAGGUCUCCGAUUUGAGUCUGGGCGGGAAAAAAAAAGUUUGUAGCUGUAUCUCGAAGGGCAAAAGAAAAAAAGAAAAGGGAAAAACACACACCUUUGGCUCGGGGUUUUCGUCUCCAUGUGUUUCUUUUUCGAGGCCGAAUUGCGAAAAACGUAUUUGUUUUGUUUUCGAGGCCAAAUCCCGGGGAAAAGAAAUGAAAUUGGAAACCGAGA